UCCCACGAACAUGGCGGACAUAUUAAAAGUGUUUAAAAAAUGUUCACAAGAUGGAAGCACAAUAGUGUUUUUAGGAAAACGAGAUUUUAUAGAUAGUCUAGGAGGUACAGAACCCAUCAAUGGUGUGGUUUUACUAGACGAGGAGUUAAAUUCUCCGUUCUCUACCCUAGAUGUACUUCUUGUUUGCUCCUUUAGGUAUGGAGUAGAGGAGAAGGAGACGAUGGGAUUAACUUUCAAAAAGGAACUCGUGCUCUCGGAGCAUUCAAUACGAAGAGAUAGUUUAAAAUACUGGUCACUACUUCAGGAGAAGCUGGUUGCAAAAUUUGGCAAAAAUGCUUAUCCGUUCCAUCUAGAGUUUCCGGAUCACUGUUCCGCCUCGGUCACCAUAGUUCCCGAGAGUUUAGAGUCAGGAGAACCAUGUGGCGUGGAAUAUUUUGUUCGAGUCAAACAUAACUCCUUGCAGAAGAAGCUUUCAGUUGUAAACCUGACAGUUAGGAAAAUUCAGUUUGCUCCCAGAAAUAUUCAAAGGUCUAAAAAACCAGUUACAUUGGUUAGAAAACACUUGUCCUCUGGUCUCCUGGAGUUAGAAGCCAGCCUAGACAACCAUCUUUACUCACACGGAGAUGAAAUAAUGGUUGAUGUAAACAUCAGGAAUAAUUCUAACAAGACGGUUAAAAGGAUUUCAGCUGUUGUUCUACAGCAGGUUGAUAUAGCCAUGUUUAAAGGUGGCAACCAACAUGCUGUGGUAACCAAUUGGGAUUCCCAGGAUGGAUGUCCUAUACAACCAGGAUCAUCAUUAUCCAGGAAAAUAUAUUUAACUCCUACAGCUGAAUCCUGUAAUAGACAUGGACUAGCUCUGGAGGGCAGAGUCAAGGGAAGUGACACAUGUUUAGCGAGUUCUACUUUGUUAGCUGAUACAUCAAGGAGAGAUGUUUUUGGUGUUAUUGUCUCAUAUUCUGUAAAGAUAAAAUUGCUCCUUGGCGCUAUUAAUGGAUCCCUAUCAGCAGAGAUACCCUUUGUUCUGAUGCAUCCGUCCCCAAGAGAUAGGAAAAUUAUGAAAAAACGAGAUACUCUAGAAUCUGUUGAAUCAUUUGGUUCUAAUGAAGAGAUCGCUUAAUAGAUGGAUUUCUAUAUUUAAGUUAAAAAAUUAUUGUUAUGAAAUAAAAUAUAGAAAUAUUUGUGUAUGUAUGUAAAGUAUCUGACAACCAAAUCAAAAUAAACAAUUAAAAAUA